GGGCCGUGCCCCCUGCUCCGUCAUGCCCGGGACGCGGGCAGAGCCAGCCCGCCGGCGGGCUCCCGGCAUUGCCCUGCAGGUGGCCGUCCUGUGCCUGGCGGCUGUGCUCGCCGCGGCCGCCCCGAGCCCCAGGGAUGCCGAGGGGCUGCAGAGCAUCUACAGAGGGAGCCACGCAGCGGGCGGACGGGGCUCGCGGCACCGCAGGGCAGCGCGUGGGCACGAGCCUCUGGGCCCUGCUCCCUCCGGGCGGCCGCAGUGCGACGCCUCUCCCGAGCACCGCUUUGACUGCGUGCCCGAGAAGCUCGUCUCCAGGGAGGAGUGCGAGGCGCGGGGCUGCUGCUACGUCCCUGUUCUCACGCCGGGGCCUGGCACUUGGCAGCCCUGGUGCUUCUUCCCCCCCGGCUACCCCAGCUACAGGGUGCAGAACCUGACUGCCACCGAGACGGGCUACACCGCCAGCCUGGCCCGGGCCACGGCCAGCGUCUUCCCGGACGACGUCAUGGUCCUGCAGCUGGAUGUGCUGUUUGAGACGGACGCCAGGCUCCACUUCACGCUCAGGGACCCGGCAAACAAGCGCUACGAGGUGCCGCUCGAAACCCCGACCGCGAGCAGCCGGGUGGUCUCAAAGCUCUACAACCUGCGGUUCUCGGCCGACCCCUUUGGCCUGAUCGUACUCAGGGAAUCCAGCGGGCAGGUCCUGCUGAACACUUCCGUGGCUCCCCUGUUCUUCGCAGACCAGUUCCUUGAGAUCUCCACCUCCCUGCCCUCCCGCUUCAUCUCUGGGCUGGGGGAGCACCUGACCCCACUCGUCCUUGACACCCAGUGGACCAAAAUUACUCUCUGGAACCGGGACAUGGCACCUGUGCCCUCUGCCAACCUCUAUGGCUCUCACCCCUUCUACCUGGUGAUGGAGGACAGCGGCACGGCCCACGGAGUCUUCCUGCUGAACAGCAACGCAAUGGAUGUGGUGCUGCAGCCUAGCCCUGCCCUGACAUGGAGGACGAUUGGUGGCAUCCUGGACUUCUAUGUCUUCCUGGGCCCAGACCCCAAGAGUGUGGUCCGGCAGUACCUGGAUGUCAUUGGUUACCCUUUCAUGCCACCCUACUGGGGCCUGGGCUUCCACUUGUGCCGCUGGGGCUACUCCUCGAGUGCGAUCACCCGGCAGGUUGUGGACAACAUGACGGCUGCGGGCUUCCCCCUGGACGUGCAGUGGAACGACCUGGACUACAUGGACGCACGGCGGGACUUCACCUUCAACCAGCGCAGCUUCCCAGACUACCCCAACAUGGUGCAAGACUUCCACCGCAAUGGCCGGCACUAUGUCAUGAUCGUGGACCCGGCAAUUAGCAGCACCAGCCCUCCCGGCAGCUACAAGCCCUACGACGAUGGGCUGAGGCGAGGGGUGUUCAUCCAAAACACGACGGGGCAGCCUCUGAUCGGGAAGGUGUGGCCGGGUCCAACCGCCUUCCCCGACUUCACAAACCCCGAGACACAGGAGUGGUGGUACGGCAUGGUGAAGGAUUUCCACGACCAGGUGCCCUUCGAUGGCAUGUGGAUCGACAUGAAUGAGCCCUCAAACUUUGUGCUGGGCUCUGUGGACGGGUGCCCCAGCAGCAAGCUGGAAGAUCCACCUUACGUGCCAGGUGUGCUGGGGGGGUCCCUGCGCUCAGCCACUAUCUGCGCCUCCAGCCAGCAGCACCUGUCCUCGCAUUACAACCUGCACAACCUGUACGGGCUGACGGAGACCAUUGCAUCCCAUAACGCGCUGGUGCGGGUGCGAGGGAAGCGUCCCUUUGUGAUCUCCCGCUCCACCUUCGCUGGGCACGGCCGCUAUGCUGGCCACUGGACCGGGGAUGUCUCAAGCUCCUGGGAACAGCUGUCCUACUCUGUAGCAGAGGUGCUGCUCUUCAAUCUGUAUGGGGUGCCGCUGGUCGGAGCUGACAUCUGCGGCUUCACGGGAGACACCUCGGAGGAGCUGUGCGUGCGCUGGACCCAGCUGGGCGCCUUCUACCCCUUCAUGCGGAACCACAACGACCAUGGCAGCCAGCCCCAGGAGCCGUAUGCAUUCAGCCCGGCAGCACAGAAGGCCAUGAGGAAGACGUUGCUCCUGCGCUACACGCUGCUCCCAUAUCUCUACACCCUCUUCCACAAGGCCCAUGUGGCAGGGGAGACCGUGGCACAACCCCUCUUCCUCGAGUUCCCCACAGACCCCAACACCUGGACCGUCGACCACCAGCUCAUGUGGGGUGCGGGCCUCCUCAUCACCCCGGUGCUGGAGCCUGGGAAGGCCAAAGUGAGCGGGUACUUCCCUGCGGGGACCUGGUACCACCUGGUGACGGACACCGUCAUCCACAGCAAGGGCCAGUGGAUCCUCCUGCCUGCUCCGCUUGACACCAUCAACGUCCACGUUCGGGAAGGACACAUCCUGCCCUUGCAGGAGCCUGGCUUCACCACGACUGAGUCCCGCAAGAAGGGGAUGACGCUGGUGGUGGCGCUGACAGCAGAUGGCUUCGCCCGGGGCGACCUGUUCUGGGAUGAUGGCGAGGGGCUGCAGACCUUCGAGAGGGGCGAUUACACCCAGAUCCUCUUCCUGGCCAUGAGCGGCACGCUGGUUAGCGAGCUGCUGCGGGUCAACAGCCAGGUGGACGGGCUGCUGCUGAAGAAGGUGGCGGUGCUGGGUGUCCCCAGCCCUCCCCAGCACGUCCUGGCGAAUGGGGCCCUCGUCGAUGACUUCUCCUACCGCACGGACACCAAGAUCUUGACAAUCCUGCUGUCCCUCCCGCUGGGGGAGCAGUUCACGAUCACCUGGGCCUGAGCGGUCCUGGAGCUGCCUGCCUGCUGCCACGGCUCGUCCCGGUGCCCCGUGUUGAGCGUGGGGGGGACCAUCCCACUGCCAUUGCUCGGCUCUGCUUCUUUGCUGUGAUCAGGGCCUUUCCCUGCUUCCUGCCGCCUCGUGACUCGCUUGGUCUGGAGUCUUGGCUUGGCCACCCCCGGCUUCGUGGAUGCUUAGGUGGGAGCCCAGCUCCGUGCUGCCCCUGCCUCCGGUGCCGGGAGGUGAAGCCAGGACCCAGCUGCAGGACUGUUUUGCUGGCAGCUGCUGCUGCCUUUAAGGCUUGAUCCAGGUCCCAUGUGAGUCAGUGGCCAAAAGCGCCAGUGGGGCAGGCGGGGGAAUGAGGAUGGUGACUUCCUCUCCCUGCCCAAGUGGUGAAAGGACUUCGCUGCAGGCAGGAACGCCAGGGCUGGGCUCCUGUGCAAAUCCUGGGGCUUGGGCUGCCCACACCAUUAGCCUGUCGCGCCGGGCCCUGGAGCUGCCUUGGGGUAGAACAGCCCCUGCACGUUAUGGCAGAAGGGCUGGGCCCCUCCUUGAUGCUGGACUGGUGCUUGGAUAUCCUGGUGCCACAUUGCUGUGCUGGGGGGCUUGCUGUGGGCGUCUAUCACGGCUCUGAACGCAUUAGAGAUGGGGCUCGGGGCUGCGCGGCCUGCCCCCACGGUGCUGGCUGGGUCAUACGGGUCUCCAAUAAAGCACUGGUUUAAACAUCUG